AUUUCCUCAUUUUGAAUCUUUGAUGGCUUUUUGUCUCCGCUCUCUCUCGAUUCUGCUUGCUAUUUCGCUAUCGGUUCAUGGGUCGCUCGCUGAUCCUUCAACCUGCCCUCGAUUGGGUGUUGUUUAUUUAGUCAGUGGCGUCAGGUCGCAGUGCCCUGUUUGGAUCGAGCGGUGUUCGCCUGAGGAGGUGAGUGGAGAUAAACUCAACAGAGAACUGGUAUAUGCUAAAGAGAAUGCUUACUAUUCCAUUCUAUUCCAUGCAUCUUGGUGUCCCUUCUCGAGGAAAGUUCAACCAGUUUUUGAUGCUCUCAGCUCCAUGUUUCCACAAAUAAAUCACGUAGCUGUUGAAGAAUCUGCUGCCAUGCCAAGGUACAGUGUUUUCUCAAGGUAUGGCGUCCACAGCUUUCCAUCUAUAUUGAUAGCUAACAGGACAUCAAGAAUUCGGUAUCAUGGACCAAAAGAUCUGGAUUCCCUUGUCAGAUUCUAUAAAGAAAUGACAGGUUUUGAUCCUGUUGCUUAUCUUUCUAUCAAGGAACCUUCAAACUCAGACAUGAAGAUAUCUUUCAAACUACAGGAUGGGUCUCUUAGGGAAAUUAUAAAAUCAGAACCAUACCUAACAUUUUCAGUAGUAUUUAUCUGCUUGAAGGCAUUCAUUUGUUUCUUCCCCGCACUAAUCUCCCAUAUCAAAGCUCUCUUGGUCGUGUACACGAUUCCUCUAAACAUGGGGAUCUUUGGUGAGCAGAAUCAUUUAUUAGAUCGAGUUCUUCAUUUAAUUGAUCUAAAGAAGCUCCGCAACAAGCUCAGGGUAUGCAACAAAACAACGAGGAAUUUUCAUAAAGGUGCUGGGAAUGCUCGGGUAUGGGCUUCUUCGCUCGCUUCUGUCUCACUAGGAGAAUCCUCUUCUUCAAGGGACUUAUAGUGACUGAGCAAAUUUCUGAAGAGAUGAAAGAGGAGUGCUUUUGAGGUAAGGUGAAGAGGAAAAAGAUAUCCUAUAAAAGGGCCCUCUUUAGCAUAUCAUACAUGAGUGAAGGAUGAUGGCUAACAUAUCACAAAUCUUGAUGCACAUAUUACUAAUAUCAGCCAUUAUUAUCUAUUAGUGCAAUCACGACUACAUUGAUAGUGAAUGCAUUGAUAUACAGGUGACCAUA